CGCCAUUAAACAAAAAACUCUUUCUUUCUUCUUUCUUCUGCUCGAUAAUUUUAUGAAAAGCUACGGAAUCACUCUCCGCCGUACGAUUUAUUAAGUUUCUGGAUCAAGCGGAGUAUUCUCAAUGCAGAGAACCAUCUCUCUUGCCGCUGCUAAGUCUUCUUCUUCUUCUUCGACUUCGGCUCUAUCCCUUCGUCCUCUCAUGGCUAAGUUGCAGUGCAGGGCGAUUCAGAAUUUCCCAGCUUCCUCUUCCUCUUCAAUAGCUCGGGUCGAUAGAGUAUAUCGAAAUGUAUCCCAGCUUCAGUUUAAAAGAGAAACUGCAAGUUGUCUUAAGUUAGCUUCUGCACUUCCUUCGCAUCUAAGUCUUCUUGGUUCCCUUAGUUAUGCAGCACACUGGAGCACUUCGACUUCUAGGUGCUUUGGAAAUAGUUUCAGACCGUUUACGAGGAGAUAUUUUUCUCAAGUCCUUAAUAUUGGAACUAAGGAUAGCGUUGUUGGUGGUGUUGAAAAGUUUGGUGAGAAUAAAAUAGGUUUCAAGAAGUUUAAUAAGAAGUGGAAGAAGCAUAAGGUUUUGGCUUCCACAAAAGCUGAAGUGGUGGCUUCUACUGAAACAGUUGCUGGAGAUGUUAACAAUGGCAUCAAGGUGGAACUUUCAACUGUAGCUUCACCUGUUACCAAUGGUAAGCAAGCCUCUACUGUCAAAACAAAACAGCGGCCAAAGAUCAAGAAAGUCCAAGAUAAAUCUUCAUCAACGGAAUCGAUUUUGGAGGCUGUCCCUGUAGAAGAGAGUUUGAAAAGUGGUUCCAAGCCAAGACAUUCUGGUUCCAAUGCACAAAAACAGGAGCAGGCUGGGAAAUUUUCUUCUCAACUCCCCAAUACUGGAACUAAGGAUAACAUUGUUGGUGUCGAUGAUAAGGCUGGUGGAUCUAAAUUAGGUUUCAAGAAAUUUAAUAAGACCCGAAAGAAGCUUAAUGUCUUGGCUUCCUCGGAAGCUGAAGUGAUGACUUCUACUGAAGCAGUUAUUGGUGAUGGUAGCAGUGGCACCAAGGUGGAACUAUCUUCUGCAGCGUCACCUGCUAGCAGUGGUAAUCAAGUCACUACUAUCAAAACAAAACGGCCCCCUAAAAGCAAGAAAGCCGAAGAUAAAUCUUCUUCAGUUGUACCAGUUUUGGAGGCGUUCUCUCUUGAAGAGAGUCCGAAAAGUGUUCUCAAGCCAAAACAUUCUGGUUCUGGAAAUCGAAAGUCGUCAUCUGCUACGAAGGAGGUGGCAAAAAAUCCCACUGUGGCGGAGCCCAAAAUUCCUGCUCCAUCAAAUUCCAAGUCGAAAAAACCGCAUUUGAAGCCAACAAAAGCAAGCAAUGCACCUAAACAGAAGCUGGUCCCUCAACAAAUGAAGAACUCUAUAGAGCAUCGAGGUCAAAAUGCAUCUAAACCGCUUUAUCCGCCAAGUGGAAAAUCUGUUAUUGUCGUUGAGUCAGUCACAAAAGCAAAGAUUAUUCAGGGUUAUCUUGGUGACAUGUAUGAGGUUUUGCCAAGUUAUGGUCAUAUCAGGGACCUGGCCGCAAGGUCUGGUUCAGUGAGGCCAGAUGAUGAUUUUAGCAUGGUUUGGGAAGUUCCAUCUUCUGCCUGGACUCAUAUUAAGAGCAUAAAAGUGGCAUUAAAUGGAGCUGAAAAUUUGAUUCUUGCGUCGGAUCCAGAUCGUGAAGGAGAGGCAAUUGCCUGGCACAUCAUAGAGAUGUUGCAGCAGCAGGGUGCCUUAGAUGAAAGUAUGACAGUAGCAAGGGUUGUUUUCCAUGAAAUAACUGAGUCAGCAAUAAAAAGUGCACUUCAGUCCCCACGAGAAAUUGACGGGGACUUGGUACAUGCUUAUCUUGCACGGCGUGCUCUUGAUUAUCUAAUCGGAUUUAAUAUUUCACCAGUACUUUGGAGGAAACUACCAGGUUGCCCGUCAGCUGGGCGAGUCCAGUCCGCUGCUUUGGCUCUUGUAUGUGAUAGAGAAAGUGAAAUUGACGGAUUUAAGCCUCAGGAGUACUGGAGUGUAGGAAUCAAAGUGCAAGGGAAAGAUAAUUCAGCCACAUUUUCAGCUCACUUAACCAGUUUAGAUUCAAAAAGGUUAAAUCAGCUUUCUAUCAGCUCUGAAGCCAAUGCACAGGACAUUGAGCAAAGGAUCAGAUCUGAAGGUUUUCUAGUGAAGGGCACUAAAAAAAGCACUACACGGAAAAAUCCACCAACUCCGUACAUAACAUCAACCCUUCAGCAGGAUGCUGCUAAUAAAUUGCAUUUUUCAACAGGAAAUACCAUGAGACUCGCUCAAAAACUAUAUGAGGGCGUCCAACUGUCUGAUGGUAAAUCAACUGGUCUUAUAACAUACAUGCGGACGGAUGGUUUACAUAUAGCUGAUGAAGCUAUCAAAGAUAUACAGUCCUUGGUGACAGAAAGGUAUGGGAAGAAUUAUACAUCAGAUAGUCCUCGUAAAUAUUUCAAAAAGGUUAAGAACGCUCAGGAGGCCCAUGAAGCUAUUAGACCUACCGAUAUACGUAGAUUACCGUCAAUGAUUGCUAGCCUGCUUGAUGCUGAUUCUCUAAAAUUAUAUACCUUGAUAUGGUCACGAGCUGUAGCAUGUCAGAUGGAGCCUGCUUCCAUUGCGCAGAUACAACUUGAUAUUGGAAAUUCCUCUGAAUCCAUUAUCUUCAGAUCAUCAUGCUCAAAAGUCGAAUUCCUUGGAUACCAGGCAGUUUACGAGGAUCCUGAAGCUAAAGCAAUCAAAAAUAAAGAUGAGGAUCAGAAUAGAGAGCGUGAAGAAACUUUUGAAACUCUCAGUUUGUUAAAGGAUGGGGAUCUGCUACAUAUUGGUGAAGUGGAGCUCAAGCAGCACCAUACACAGCACCCACAACGCUAUUCUGAGGGGUCUCUGAUUAAAAAGCUCGAGGAGCUCGGGAUAGGUAGACCCUCGACGUAUGCAUCUAUAUUUAGGGUUUUACAGGAGAGGAAAUACCUAACAAUAAAGAGUAGAGCCCUGUAUCCGGAAUUCCGUGGGAGGAUGGUUUCAGCUUUUCUUAGCAACUACUUCACUGAGAUCACAGACUGUAGUUUUACUGCUGAUAUGGAGACUGAGCUUGAUAACGUUUCUGGUGGUGUAACUGAAUGGAAAGGUCUCCUAAGAGACUACUGGACACGAUUCAGUGCGUAUUGUAAACGUGUUGAAAAUGUCCAACGCCCACAGGUGGAGAAAAUGUUGGAAAAAAAAUAUGAGGACUUUCUGUUUUCUUUCCUUCCUGGUCCCAGUAGGACAUGCCCAAGUUGUAUGGAAGGCACCUUAAGUUUCAAAGUAAGUAAGUUUGGUACGGGGUAUUUCAUCGGUUGUGAUCAUUACCCUUCAUGCAAGUUCGUUGCUAAAACGCUUUAUGGAGAGGAUGAAGAUGAAGAUGAUCCUCCAAAGAGUACCUGCGUAGAAGAGCCCAAAUUGCUGGGUCUUCAUCCCAAUACCAGUGAAAAGGUUAUUUUGAAAUGUGGCCCCUAUGGGCAUUAUGUACAGCUCGGUGAAGAUAAAAAAGGGCACUUACCAAAACGAGCAAAUGCAUCCCAUAUUAAGGAUUUAGACUCCAUUACGCUUGAAAAUGCUCUUGAAUUAUUACGCUAUCCUCUGACACUGGGAACCCACCCUGACGAUGGACAGCUUGUGCAGUUGAGGCUUAGUAAAUCAGGUUUUACUGUUAAACAUCGCCGCACGAUGGCUACUGUUCCAAAGAACGUGGAACCAGGUGAUGUUACUUUAGAGAAAGCAAUAAAGCUCUUGAAUGGCAAAAAUGCAAGAAAGAGUGGCAGACCACUUAAUAAGAGUAUCCCGUCUGACGAAGAGAAAGGAGAUGAAGAAGUUGUGGAAGCGAUCUAAUCUAAUCCACAGCGUGCCGCAUGCGAAUAAACAAUUGGUUCGUGAGCUUUACAUGGAUGGAGAAGAGCAUUAGCUUUGACGAAGACUAUUUUAUUCUUUUGGGUAAUCAGAGUAAUAAUGGUAACAGAAAAGAUUGGACAUUGAUGUAAAAUCAUUACACAUAUAUUAAUGAUAUAAAAGUAUCCAUUCGUUUA